AUAUACCUCAAAAAGUCAAAAACCCGGAAAGAAAGGAAGCCCCUCUGCCCAUUCCUCAGCUCCAAGAAAGUGACAAAAUAGUUUCGUGGUUUAGACCAUCCAUCCCUCCUGGCCUCUAUAUAUACGCCUUUCCACUCUCUUCACUUCCAUCAAGCAAAGCCUAUCCAUAAUCACCUUUAGCAAAUUCAGAAUCACCUCGAUCAAUCCAUCUUCCUAGCUUCUCUGAUCAAGAUUGAUUUAAUAUAAUGGCGAGUUUUGAUGAAGUUUCUACUCUAGAGCAUAUCAGAAAUUACCUUCUUGGAGAUCAGUACUCUCCAAGAGAGUUCAAUUUUGAGAGUAGGUUGAGCCAUAGCUGCAGCAGUAGUGGGAGCAGCUGCUCAGCCGUUGAAGUUUCGAGCUCGCAAUCGGAAUUUCUCAUGGAUUCAUUGAGUUUCCAGGAGAAUUUUUUUGAAUUUCAGCCGCAAAAUCAGAGCAAUAUGGUCGUUCGGGAAUCACAAUCCUCGUUUUCUAGCUCCUGUUCCUCAUCGAUGAAUGAUAACAAAUUCUCCAACUUCGAAUCUCACCCCCAAAUUGUUGACCUAACUCCACUAAGAACACAAAACUCAAAUGCCUGUAAAGAGAGAAAGCCUUCAUUGAAGAUUGAUUUAUCCCCGGCGGUGAAGAAAAUUGAAUGGAUCGACUUCAGCGGCUCCUCGAUGACGGUGCAACCGCCGGAGAAGGAGGAGGAGAAAAGGCGGUACAGAGGAGUCCGACAGCGACCGUGGGGGAAGUACGCGGCGGAGAUCCGAGACCCGAAACGGCGCGGGUGUAGGGUUUGGCUGGGGACGUUCGACACCGCAAUCGAAGCGGCUAAAGCCUACGAUCGAGCGGCUUUCAGAAUGCGGGGGAGCAAAGCGAUUCUCAACUUUCCAUUACAAGUUUCCACGUACAAACUUGAACAGGCAUACGCCGCCGAGGACGGUGGCAGGAAGCGCCGGAGAGACGCGAGGGAGGAAGAGACGACGUCGACGGCUGUAGUAAAGAAAGAGAAAUCGGAGGAAAGGCCUUUAACGCCGUCAAGCUGGAAUACCAUCUCGGACUGGGACUGGGAUCAGAGUGUUAACGGAAUGUUUAACCUGCCGCCCUUAUCGCCGUUAUCUCCUCACCCUGCUUUGGGUUAUCCGCAACUCGCAGUAAUCUAAACGUUGUACAAAUUUUGUA